AGUAAACAUAAUACAAACUAUACUAUACCAUACCAUACUCUAUCAUAUGAAACAUGGCAAACCACUAUCCAAACAGGUUGUAACGAGAAAUCAUUAGUAACGACUCCGUUGGCCAUUGCCUUUUAGUUCUUUGUAGGUGUCAACAUUUAACCUACUUGUAUCAGCGUCAUUUUGCAAAAGUGAUAUUUCCAAUGGCACUGAUGAAUAGGACGAUGACAAUCUUGCUAUCUCUAAUAUCACUUCUUGCUUUAUGCUCUAUACUUCCCUCCUCUCUCGCGUUCGCGUCGGGGAGCAGUGAUGGUUAUACUAUAAAUGGUCGAGUCAAAAUUCCUGGUUUUAGCUUAGAAGGAUCUGGUUUGGAAGCUAAAGCAUCGGAUGUUAAAGUCAUACUCAAUAGCGGCCAACAAGUUACUUUCCUGAGACCUGAUGGAUAUUUCUCUUUCCACAAUGUGCCAGCAGGGACACAUCUCAUAGAAGUAUCUACAAUUGGUUACUUCUUUUCUCCAGUUCGAGUUGAUGUCAGUGCCAGAAAUCCUGGUAAGGUUCAAGCUGCAUUAACUGAAAAUAGGAGAAGCCUGAGUGAGCUGGCUUUGGAGCCAUUGCGGGAUGAGCAAUAUUAUGAGAUGAGGGAACCCUUCUCCGUUAUGUCUCUGGUGAAGAGCCCAAUGGGUCUGAUGGUUGGAUUCAUGCUGGUUGUGAUGUUUUUGAUGCCAAAAUUGAUUGAGAAUAUGGAUCCUGAGGAAAUUAGGAAAGCACAAGAGGAAAUGAGAAGCCAAGGAGUUCCCAGUCUUUCAAGCUUGUUACCUGGGGCCCAAAGGAGCAACUAGUGAUUGUAUGAAUGAUGUAAAACUUUAGUUUUGAUGAUUCAUCUCAGGCUGUCGCAAGUUUCAGAUGAUCACCAGCUGUUCAGUUGUUAUUCCUAAAGAUCCUUUAUUUCCUUCUGUUAAAACAUCGUUAUCAGGUUUUGAUGUGGAUUUGUUUUUUUAAAGCCUGUUUUAGUGUAGAUUAUAAAAGUUGAGUACCUAGUAGGUUAUGGGGUCGUUAGAACAGCUUUUGAUUAAGUACCAUGUAACCCGGUGCUGGUUUAAUCUUAUUGUUGAAGUAUUAGUAUCUCUA